GGCGGGGGCCGGGGACGAAGUGACCAGGCGGCGGCGACACCGCGAGGUGACAGUGUGCCGGGAGCCCUCCUUCCCUCUCCUCGGCCUCGCCGCGCUCGCCCAGUCCUCCCGCCCGCCGCGGCGCUAUGAGGGAGCCUCUCGGGGGCUGGCCGAGGCCGGAGCCGGAUCGCGGCGCUCCCGGGAAAGUGUGAGGAGAGGCGCGGGUGGGAGUCGGGCUGUGUGCGGCGCGGCUUCCAGGUGAGCGCGGGCUGGGCGAGCCCCGCACUCUGUCCCUCUGGCUGGCGCCUGUCGCGCUCCACCGGGGCUGAAGCCCGUGCGCGGACCGCACUGCUCUUCGCGGGAUCCUUGGCCACGAUAGCAGAUGCGUUUUGUAGGAGUACUUUGAGGAUGGAUGUUUUCAAACUAUUUUAAAAUUGCCAAGCAUCACAUACAUGGGAUGCAUCCUGCUUUUAUCUUGGAGUUCACCUCUGUGGCUUGGAUUUAUCACAGUAGCAUUUAUCUUCGAUUUGUGUGUUAACUAGAAAUCGAGAAAAGACAUGAGGAGAUUUGUUUACUGCAAGGUGGUUCUGGCCACUUCACUGAUGUGGGUUCUUGUUGAUGUCUUCCUACUCCUGUACUUCAGUGAAUGUAACAAGUGUGAUGACAAAAAAGAGCGAUCACUGCUACCCGCACUGAGGGCUGUUAUUUCGAGAAACCAAGAAGGUCCAGGAGAAAUGGGAAAGGCUGUGCUGAUUCCUAAAGAUGACCAAGAGAAAAUGAAAGAACUGUUUAAAAUCAAUCAAUUUAAUCUCAUGGCCAGUGAUCUAAUUGCCCUUAACAGAAGUCUGCCGGAUGUAAGAUUAGAAGGAUGCAAGACAAAAGUCUACCCUGAUGAACUUCCAAACACAAGUGUAGUCAUUGUGUUUCACAAUGAAGCAUGGAGCACUCUCCUUAGAACUGUUUAUAGUGUUAUAAAUCGUUCCCCACACUACCUACUCUCUGAGGUCAUCUUGGUAGAUGAUGCCAGUGAAAGAGAUUUUCUCAAGUUCACACUAGAGAAUUACGUGAAAAAUUUAGAAGUUCCAGUCAAAAUUAUCAGGAUGGAAGAGCGCUCAGGGUUAAUACGUGCUCGUCUUCGAGGAGCAGCUGCUUCAAAAGGGCAGGUCAUAACUUUUCUGGAUGCACACUGUGAAUGCACGUUAGGAUGGCUGGAGCCCUUGCUGGCGAGAAUAAAGGAAGACAGGAAAACAGUUGUAUGCCCUAUCAUUGAUGUGAUUAGUGAUGAUACCUUCGAAUAUAUGGCUGGGUCAGAUAUGACUUAUGGAGGUUUUAACUGGAAACUCAAUUUCCGCUGGUAUCCUGUUCCACAAAGAGAAAUGGAUAGGAGGAAGGGAGAUAGAACAUUACCUGUAAGGACCCCUACUAUGGCUGGUGGCCUAUUUUCUAUUGACAGAAACUACUUUGAAGAGAUAGGAACAUACGAUGCAGGAAUGGAUAUCUGGGGUGGAGAGAAUCUUGAAAUAUCUUUUAGGAUUUGGCAGUGUGGAGGCUCUUUGGAGAUUGUAACUUGCUCCCAUGUUGGUCAUGUUUUUCGGAAGGCAACCCCAUACACUUUCCCUGGUGGCACGGGUCAUGUCAUCAACAAGAACAACCGCAGGCUGGCAGAAGUUUGGAUGGAUGAAUUUAAAGACUUCUUCUAUAUCAUAUCCCCAGGUGUUGUCAAAGUGGAUUAUGGAGAUGUGUCAGUCAGAAAAACACUAAGAGAAAAUCUGAAGUGUAAGCCCUUUUCUUGGUACCUAGAAAACAUCUAUCCUGACUCCCAGAUCCCGAGACGUUAUUACUCACUUGGUGAGAUAAGAAAUGUUGAAACCAAUCAAUGUUUAGACAACAUGGGCCGCAAGGAAAAUGAAAAAGUGGGUAUAUUCAAUUGUCAUGGCAUGGGAGGAAACCAGGUGUUUUCUUAUACGGCUGACAAAGAAAUCAGAACUGAUGACUUGUGCUUGGAUGUAUCCAGACUCAAUGGACCUGUAAUUAUGUUAAAAUGCCACCACAUGAGAGGAAACCAGCUAUGGGAAUAUGAUGCUGAGAGACUCACCUUGAGACAUGUUAACAGUAACCAGUGUCUCGAUGAACCCUCUGAAGAAGAUAAAAUGGUGCCCACCAUGCAAGACUGUAGUGGAAGUAGAUCUCAACAAUGGCUGCUGAGGAACAUGACCUUAGGGGCUUAAAGACCAUUUGCCCCAAGCCAUGAAAGUGUCUACACUUUUAUUUUUCCAUUCUUUCCAUUAGAAGAAAAUAUUAACUUUGCUGAAUUGAAAGUUUUAAAAUUCUUUUUAGUAUCCUAAAACACAGUUUAUAAUUCAUUUUUAGAAAUGUUUGAUUAUUUCCCUACUAAAAUUUGUAUCUGAUUGAAGAAGCACAUUAAUAAAACAUGAAUAAUAGCAAACUGUUACUAAACAUUGGAACAAUUUGAGAAACAAAUUGUUUGUUUUACAAAACAGUCUUUAUUGUCCUAUGUCAUAGGGUUAUUUGUGGAGGAGGCAUUUUAUUUUUUGUUGCCACAGUGAUUGAAAAAAAUAAUGUAAAUGCCUUAUAAAAUAUCUUCAUUUUGAAAUAUUAACUGCUUUAUAAACUUACUCUACUGGAACUUCAUGGAAACAUAUUGAAUUCCUAUAUCAACAACAGGACUACAUAUAGGAUUAUGAGCACUAAACUCAUUAUACAAAAUGUUACAUUCCAAAUUUUGUAUUUGGAAAAUAUUAAAUAGGAUAAUGAGUUCAUAGAUUCCUUACAAAGCAUCAUGUUUAAACAAAGAAAGAAAAGAAUUCAAAAAUUCCAUUUAAGUAAGCAAGUUAAAUUCCAACGAAAUAGGAAGAAAUUAUACAGAUAUUGAGGGUAACAGGAUGAAGCUAAACUGAAACAAGUGUCAUUAAGAGAUAUUGUAGCUGGGUCAUGGUAAUUCCUGAGACAAGGUGAGAACAACCUGCUCCCAGAGUUGAUGUCACAGACUCCGGACUCAGCAUCAUCUUGUUUCCAUAAACUAUGCCCUCCCUUGUCUCUCUAAAUGCUCUGGUUUGUUACCAACGCUGUAAUAGAACAUUAGUGAAGGGUAGAGUUUUAGCAAAAUUUCCAAUUCUUUCACAUUUAGAUAUUGUAGUUAGUUCAUUUUUGUCAUUUUUGUUUUGUAUGAAAAAAUAUAUUGCAAUCAGAUUUUCAUUGCUGCAAUAUAACAUCAUUCUAUAAUUUUAUCCCUAAGAGAGUAAACUCAAUACACCUUCAUUAAACAUUUAUUCUAAUUAGACUGCCAAAUAUCAUUUGCCAUAAAUUAUGGCUCAAAUAAUACAUUCAUAAUUAGGCUAGUUUUACAAGUUCUUUCCAUUUAAAAACCCUUUUGUUCAAAAUACUUAAGUAGUUCUUAUGAAAAUGAAGAAAAUUCUAUAAAUGAGAUAUUUACUAAUAAGCUUUUUAUUUGCCACCAUAUUAAAUACUCAUAAAAUUGGUCUAUAUAUGAGUUUUAUGCAUUAUAAGUAUAUGCAAAAGCCAGAGAAAUUGAGAAUGUGGGGAGGAAGAUGGAAAAUGUGUCUUCUAGAGCAAAAGAUUCCACUUUUAUUGUCCUCAUUUUUUACUUAUAAAGCUCUUAUAUAUAGAACAUAUUAAUAAAUUUGGCUACACCUCUGUCUCUCUCUCUCUCUCUCACACACACACACACACACACACAACUUUAUAGUAAAAAAGACACUUUCCAUUUUCCUAGCUGGCAUUCCAUUCUCUUUGUUGCUAGAAAACUCCAGAAAAGAAUUCUACAACCUGGAACAUCUCAGGUUUACUCCUAAAAAUGUAGACAUCCCCCACUCCAAGGUCUCUGGGAAUUCUUAAAUUUACUAAAUUUUUUAAUAAAACUUUAAAUGUCAGAGCUUUUAUUUUUCAAAAUAUAGACUCAAGUUUAUAGCAAACUUAGAAUGGAACCUGAAAUUCCUAAGAGGUAGUGACCCACAACUUUUAAUUAAUCGUGUCCUAUCCAGUCAGCUGAGACUCUCUAACAAUUCCAUUUUCUAUUUUUCCUCUUUUUCUCCUCCAUUUUCUUCUCAUCUUGACUAAAACAAGGUAAAAUAUUCAUGUGCAACAUAAAAAGCUUAAACUUUGAGGAAUUCCUUUAUUUAAUAGACAGACCCUACUUUUUUAUCAAUCAAAAUGCAUAUGUUACCUAGAAAAUGGUGAAUGAUAAAUACUCUAAAAUAUAGCUACUUCAUGGAAACUGAAUUGGAUGCAUUUCAGCUGUAUUUUAAAUAACUGAGAGUGUGUUUGUGGUCACUGUGAAAAUAUGGGAUUUUCAUGGUCGAGUUUCAUUUAGGAAGAAUCUUCAGAGACUCUUCAGCUCUUUGGAUACAUGCCAUGAUAGGUCUAACAACUUUAAAAAAUGAUAUAAAAUAUAAAUCACUCAAAACCCUGGAAACAAUGAUUAACAUUGUAUUUUUUUUCAAAAAUGCUUGCAGUACUGAGAAUUAAAAGCAUGGUGAAAUUCGUAGUGCAUUCAUCUUGCAUAUCACUUAUCUAUGGAGCUAGACUAAGAAAUAUUUCAAAUUGUUUCAAACCAUCCUCUUCUGUGGUCUUUCUCAUCUCAGCUAAUGCAACUUCACCCUUCCAGAUAUCCAAGUGAAAAAUCUUUUGCUCUCUCUCCCCCCGGCCCGUCUCUCUCUCUCUCAGUGUUUCUCUCUCUCUCUGUCUCUCUCUCCAUUAUAAAGUUCUCUUGAUGCUUUCUUUCAAAUGUAACCACAAGCUAAUGGUUUGCCACCAUAUCCACAAUGUGAUUUACUUCUUACCUUUUUAUUUGCAAAAUGUUUGUGAUUUGGUGAGCAACUUUUGCUAAUCCUCAUCUCCUUUUCUCAAUGUAAUAGUCAGAGUGAUUCUGUUUAAUAUGAAUUUCAUUAUGACAUUUCACAUACACAAUCUUCCAAUGGAUUUUCAUCUGUCUUCAGUAGUAUUUGAAAUCCUUCAUAAUAAUAGUCCUUACCAUACACUCCCCCCAGUCUACUAUACAGACACAGACACACACACACACACACACACACACACACACACAGUUCACUUCACUAUACUUCCUCUCUUUUACCAUUCCACAUUUUACUUACUCUACCCUGACUCCCUAGCAAAUUUCCUUCUCAAUCUUUGGCUCCCUGGGCCCCACAGAGCUCUCUCCCUCACUGUCUUUAGGUCUUAGGCAAGCUCUCUCAGCAGUAAGGCAAACCAUUGUCCCACUUGCUGUCUGCAUCUCCUGAACUUCUGACAAACUAUAAUUUUACCUUUUUAUUUCAGCGUAUCCUUCUACCUGCAUGAGCCCACAACCCAACAUACAUCUCUAAUAUGUCUCUCUUAUUUUUAUUGUUGUUUUGUAUUUUUUUGUUUGUUUUACAUUACUGGGGGAUGAAACCUAGGGCUUCACACAUGCUAGCUAAUUGCUGUCCCAUUGAGCUCUACCCACCGCCCUACAAGUCCUUUUAAAAGCCAGGGUCUUUGUCAGUUCUGUUCACUGGAUAUCCUCAGCAUCUGGUAUAGUUGUUGGCACAUAUGAAAUAUUCUUUAAAUAUUUCUUGAAUUAAUAAAUUGAAAAGUAUGUUAAAGUUGCUAAGUGCUACAGUGUUGUACUUUUUUUGUAUUUUAUACUUUAGUGUCCAGUAAUAUAUUUACAUAGAAUUUGCAUAAUUUUAUCUCCAAAUGAUAAUUUUCUUCCUAACAUCCUUCAUAUUAAAAUAUGAACUAUAUGUUAUUUUCUAUUAUAAAAUAUCCUGCCUUAUGGAAAUGAAAUAUGGCAUUUUAUAGAAAUGCUGCUACCUUAUAUAAGUUGCUUCAUUAAGCUAAAACUAAUUUUAAUUUUAAUUUUCUGGUUAUGUUCAGUGGGCCACUUUUUAAGGGUCUAAGCUUUUGACUUUUGGAGGGAGAUAUAUGUACAUUCCCUUAAAGAUUGUAUUUUCAUGGUUUCAUACUUACUAAAUUUAUUUUCCAAGCAAUCCUAUGGACAAAAGAUAAUUUAAAAUCUUUAAAAAGCUUUACAAAAGCUUUACAAAGCUUUAAAGAUGAUCCAUCAUUAGUUUUUAUGUUUCUAUGUAAUCAGCCUGAGACCCAGAUACAUAAUGUAGUUUGCCCAGGGAUUAUACAGCUACAAGCAGUUUUGCCAGCACUCUUCAUUGUUAAUGUUACCUAAUGUAUCACUCAGAAAUAUUAUUAAAAGGGCACAGUAAUGAGAAAAAUGUCUUCAUUUAAAACUUUCUUAUUAGAACAUUGAUUAUUUAGAAAUAUUUAAAUUUUUACUAUCUUUCAUGCUUAAAUAAAAUUAGUUCUGUAAACAAUAAGACCUGAAGGAAAAAUAAAGAGAUUACCUGAAAACAGCAUGAUUAUUGAACAAUGAAAUAUCCUAGCAUCAUUUGGCAAACAGUUUUAGGGAAAUAAAGCAAAGCCUCUUCAGUAGCAACUUAUGAAAAAGUCUCUCUCAUUUACUUUAUAAUGAUAUUAGUUAAAAGUAAUGUUGGCCUACAAGGAGCACAGAGAAUUAGACCAUCUAUAACUGUGAACAUUUGAUGUUUUCUACGUUAUGCAGCUUCAAAGAUGGCAAGAUAAUCAGCAGAUAUUUCUAAGCUUCCCAUUGUAGCUCUCUAGUAAAAAUAACUCAUAACUUGAUUUUACAUUGGUGCUUAGAAUCAGCCUAAUAAAUAAAAAGAAAAAAAUAAAGGGAGAAGAGAGUAUCUUCUCACAUGCAUUGUUUUUACCAUUUGUGAAAUGAUGAUCAUAUACAAUCACAGCUACUACAUGUGCAUUUCAUCCACAGAUGCUAACUCCAGUGUCAGAGGAGCAAAACUUGUAUACAUCCUUAAGUUAAAAAGUAUGAUGAUUUCACAAGUACAAAAAAUAUUGAAGAAAUUCAAGCUUCUAUGGAUGUGUCACCACCCACAAAUGGACAUUCUGCAUAACUGAUAACUUUAAGUCUUUAAUAAAUUUCCUACUUUAUUGGGCAGCACACAUUCAAUUGUCUUAAAGCAGCUUGUUUCAGAAUUCAGCCACUGCCUACCCUGUUCCAAAAUAUGAUAAAAUAUGGAAAAUAAAAGAUUGGCAAUUCUUCUGUACAGUAUAGGGUGUGUCUGAUGUGACUCCACUAUGUUCAAACUGCUAUUAAAUGUAAGCUGUUGUAUGAUUUUAAGGUGUUGAAUGAACACCAGCAAUGUGUUUUAAAUACUUUGUGUAAAUCUGUGCCCAACUUUUAUUUUAUAUUGUUCAAUAAACUCUAAAGGAAAUUUUCA